CAAGGAUCUGUACAAGGAGGCCAUGAUGGAGGAGCACCAGCCUCUUAUAUCACAAGAAAAUCCCAGUAAGAAAUAUGAAAAUGUCAUGUUACCACUAGAUGAAGAUAUCCUGCAGCACUCUUCAGGAGAAAACCUCAUUACCCUUAAUGCACAUCCAGGACUUCACAGUACAGAUCUGUCAUAUAAUCCUCCUAAUUAUGAGGAACCUUCUCCGGACCAAUCACAGAUUGUUACCGCAAGUACAGGUCAGAAAAGGAUUAAAAGGUUUAAUUGUGGUAAAGAAUCCACAGACAGCUCAGGACUUUCUACACACCGAAGACGUCACAAAGGAAGGAAAACGUAUUCAUGUUCAGAAUGUGGGAAAUGUUUUAAACAAAAAUCAGAUCUUGUUAAACAUGAGAGAUGUCACACAGGAGAGAAGCCAUAUUCAUGUUCAGAAUGUGGGAAAUGCUUUGCCCAGAAAGUAAGUCUUGUUACACAUAACAGAUGUCACACAGGACAGAAGCCAUAUUCAUGUUCAGAAUGUGGGAAAUGUUUCACACGGAAAUCAUAUCUUGUUAAACAUGAGAGAAUUCACACAGGAGAGAAACCAUAUUCGUGUUCAGAAUGUGGGAAAUGUUUUACAGUUAAAUCAAAUCUUGUUAGACAU